CUGGCUGGCGGGGUGACACAUUAUCGUAUUGUUUUGUUGGGUCUAUAAAAUGCCACGUAUCUCUGCCCAGUCUCCAAGUAAUACGACGACACUAGAAUCGACUACAACGACAUGGUGGAGGCAAAGAAGUUGGCUUUAAUUCUACUCGGAAUUUACGUGGUGAUCGUGGCGAAUUUCGGGAUUGUAAAUGGAAAUGUGGUGACAACGACCUUGGAUCCCUGGGAAUCUGACGUGGAACCGGCGGUAACAACUGAGCCUGCAUUGAAUGAGCCCGUAACAGAUGAACAGCCUGCAGAGGUGCCUACAACUGAGACCCCUGUAGAAACAACACCUGCAACAAGCACGGAGAGUGUUACCGAAUGUGUUUGUGAUUGCCGAGACCAAGGACGUGAAUGUGACAAUACGACAACGAAUCCUAGUGCAGAUCUGCCAGCUGCAACAACUGAAUCAACUGCGGAAAAUGACCCCUCAACAAAUGUCCCAAAGGAAGAAACCGAAACAACAACCCCUUCCAAUGCUGAGGAGGUAACCAGUACUACUGCUCCGCCACCACCUCCCUGCAAUACACCUGGCGCUGAGGCAGAUCCAUCCGACUGCCGGGUCUAUCAUGACUGCACUGCAACUGGGUCGGCAGAUGGCGGAUUCCACUUGCUAACCAAGUUUUGUGCUUCCAAUGAAGCGUACAGCGUCAAGUUGGGACGUUGCAGUCGCGACAUAUCUUCAUGUCCAAAUGAUGUAGUCUGCCAGGUCAAGGGUGGUGUUGCAGAUCCUGUCAGUAACACCUCGUACUAUUUGUGCGAACCUCGUUUGAUUGGCGGCGGUUUUCAUGUUUUCCACGUCCAAUGUUCGGCCAAUCAAGUCUUCUAUCCCCUUUUGGGAAAAUGUUUCUUGGAUUUGGAGAACUUGCCUGCCGCACCCGCAUAUCCUGGUUUCCCUCCCUACUAUUGGAAUCCAUUCGAGGACAUUGACAUUGUCAAGGCCGAACUGAAACUAAUCAAGGAACAAGAUAAGCUCACAUUGAAAUUGGAAAAGGAGCUAUUAAAGGCUGAGAAGAAACGCCAAAAGGAAUUGCAAAAAGAAGCAGAGCUAAGGGCAAAACAGGAAGAGAAGCUGAAAAAGGAAUUGCUGAAACAGGAGAGUGCCACUUUUGUGUGUCCCCAGGAUGGCACUUAUCCAUCGACAGUUAGCGAGACCGCCUACUUUGUGUGUGUCAGCAAGAAGGGCAAGUCCAAGAUUAGUGUGGUCCAGUGUCCAGUUGGUUCCAAAUUCAAUGCCGACAUUGGUUUCUGUGCGAUUGACCAGACUUUGUUAAACCAAGCCUUGAGCGACGUCAGCGUCAGUGUCGAUGACGAAGAUGAUGAUUGAGGAAUGAAAUAAAUCGUGUUCAAUUUGGCUAUCAAAAUUUGUUAAAUCGGUGUGUUCAAAUAGGUAUAGGUAAUGUCUUAAAUAAUAUAUGAAAAAGAAAUAAAAAAUAAUUGAAGUAGA